AUGGAGAAGAUGCAGCAGAUCGUUGGACAGGCGAGAGCCGCCUUCAACUUGGGCCGGUGCCGCCCGCUGGAGUUCAGGAUGCAGCAGCUGAAGGCCCUGGAGCGGAUGGUGCAGGAGAAGGACCGGACCUCAGCCAUCAAGGUGGAUCUGCACAAGAGUGGGCCCAGUGUGUACAGCCAUGAGAUCCUGGGCAUGCUGAAGGCAGGGCUGCCGUCCUGGGCAGCCCCUCAGCCUGUGAAGAGGGACCUGCUGACGAUGCGCGAUGAGGCCUACAUCUGCCCCGAGCCGCUGAGGGUGGUGCUGAUCAUUGGGGCCUGGAACUACCCCUUCGUCCUGAUCAUGCAGCCUUUGAUCGGUGCCAUCGCAGCAGGCAAUGCUGUGGUGGUGAAGCCGUCGGAGAUCUGCGAGAACACAGCUCGGCUGGUGUCUGAUCUCCUUCCCCAGUACCUUGACCAAGAGCUGUACCCCGUGGUCACUGGAGGAGUACCUGAGACGACAGAGCUGCUGAAGCAGAGAUUCGAUCACAUCCUUUAUACUGGCAAUUCCACAGUGGGCAAAAUCGUGAUGGCAGCGGCGGCCAAGCACCUGACGCCCGUCACCCUGGAGCUGGGCGGGAAGAGCCCCUGCUACAUCGACAAGGACUGUGACCUGGCCGUCGCCUGCAGGCGGAUAACGUGGGGAAAGUACAUGAACUGUGGGCAAACCUGCAUCGCCCCGGACUACAUCCUCUGUGACCCUUCCAUCCAGAGCAAAGUGGUGGAGAACAUCAAGGCGACUCUGCAGGAAUUCUAUGGGGAAGACGUGAAGUCAUCUCCGGAUUAUGAAAGGAUUAUCAACAAGCGUCACUUCAAGAGAAUCCUGGGCCUGCUGGACGGGCAGAAGAUCGCUCACGGGGGAGAGGCUGAUGAGGCUUCCUGCUUCAUAGCACCGACUAUCCUCACCGAUGUUUCUCCGGAGUCAAAGGUGAUGGAGGAGGAAAUCUUUGGACCGGUCCUCCCCAUUCUGACCGUGAAGAACGUGGACGAAGCCAUUGAGUUCAUCAACCGUCGGGAGAAGCCCCUUGCCCUGUACGUCUUCUCCAACAACAAGAAGGUGGGCUUUGUUGGCUGGGCUUGCAUCGCCCCGGACUACAUCCUCUGUGACCCUUCCAUCCAGAGCAAAGUGGUGGAGAACAUCAAGGCGACUCUGCAGGAAUUCUAUGGGGAAGACGUGAAGUCAUCUCCGGAUUACGAAAGGAUUAUCAACAAGCGUCACUUCAAGAGAAUCCUGGGCCUGCUGGACGGGCAGAAGAUCGCUCACGGGGGAGAGGCUGAUGAGGCUUCCUGCUUCAUAGCACCGACUAUCCUCACCGAUGUUUCUCCGGAGUCAAAGGUGAUGGAGGAGGAAAUCUUUGGACCGGUCCUCCCCAUUCUGACCGUGAAGAACGUGGACGAAGCCAUUGAGUUCAUCAACCGUCGGGAGAAGCCCCUUGCCCUGUACGUCUUCUCCAACAACAAGAAGACCUUCUCCCACCGCCGCGCCUGCUUGAUCAGGGACCUGAAGAUGGAGGUUAUGCACAAACUCCGGUACCCACCUGGCAGCCAGAAGAAGGUGGAUUGGGCCAAGUUCUUCCUCUUGAAGCGGUUUAACAAGGGCCAAAUUGUACUGGUCAUCUUGGCCCUGCUGGGGAUUGUGGCAGCGGUGGUGGCAAAGAUGGUGUCCCCUGGAUGAGAGGGGUGAUCAGCAGCCAGCAGCACACCGGACCUGUAACCCGCCACUCGCUCCU